AGAACACCAUCACAAUCUCAAGUUCUCAACUCAGAGCGAGCUCUCAAGUUUCCACUUUCUAGCCAAGAAAGAAAGAAGUAACCAUGAUCAGCACCAAGAGCAUCGCUCAGCUGGCCAAGAAGUGGCAGAGGAUGGCAGCACUUGGGAGGAGGCACCUCAGGACAGCAGCAAAGGAAGUCGACAAGUGCUGCACUUCCGUGGCGAGCAAGGGCCACUGCGCAGUGUACACGGCUGACGGGGCACGGUUUGAGGUGCCCUUGGCGUGCCUCGGCACAACAGUCUUCGCGGAGCUCCUGCAGAUGUCCAAGGAGGAGUUUGGCUUCACGGGCGGCGACGGCAAGAUCACACUGCCCUGUGAUGCCAUGGUCAUGGAGUACGCCUUGUGCUUGCUGAAGAGGAGCGCCUCUGCGGAGCUAGAGAAGGCGUUCCUGAUGAGCACCAUGGCAAUGUCGUGCCACUCUGCAAACCACGUGGCGCCGUAUGUGGCAGCUUGCUGUUAGCUGCAGACUGUAUAAGUAGUAGUUCAUCAGUGUAGAUAUUAUUAGGACAGAGAGAGGUGUUAUUCAGGUCCUUCUGAUCCUGCAAACGAUCAAGGAAGGUAGCGACUUAGCAAGUUAGCCCCAGUGUUCUUGUUUACUGAGCACAUAUAUAAGAGCUUAAUUUCGGGCAAAUGAAAUUCUUCAGCACAGUUUUCUGAAUCCACAA